UUCUACUGCUAAAUAAAAGUGAUUUCACUCGUUAAAUGUUUGAACGGGAAAAACAAAUAAUACCUUUGUAGUGUGUGAGUUAGUUUAUGAUCAAAAAACCUAAAGCAUUGAUCUCUUUUAUUUGGUGUUGCCUUCUAUCAGGCAUUUGGCUGAGGCCUAUAAGUAGAAUUGAUUUAUUUUCAACGACGUUUUGAAGUAACGAUAUCAACGGCUUACAAAUUAGCCCUUGCUCCAAUCAGUAUCGGGCACUGCGUUGGAGAUUCCUGACAUAGAGCAUGAAUUUUACUUGGUGGAGACGGAUAGUUUGAAUUUAUUAGACCAAAGAGAAGAAGCUGUAGACGAACAAUGUUCGACUAUUGUCAGUCAGGCUAAUAUGUGCAAUAAGGUGCCGGAAGUAUCGCUGUUUAGUUAUGUAAUAAACGACGUACAACAGAAAAUAGAGAAUAGAAUCAGACAAUCGAGAACUCGAUACUCAUGUAGAUAGCUUGGACAACACGUUCUUUACGCCAAAUGACCUGCGAGAAUUAUUGAAGCGUACAGACACCGGCAAAGCUAUUUUAAGUAACGCUGAACAUGGAACACUUUCGAAAUACAGCAAAAAAGAACUAUCAGGAAUAAUUGCGGAAAAUCAUAUAAAGCGAAGUGGAGGACGAGGACGCUUUUCGAAAGAUUAUUUGAAAAACUAUUAGCAAUGCAUUGAACUUCUUCUGCCACACGAAAAGCAAGAUAUGAUUACGUAUUAUAUUCCAGCAGCACCACCUGAGCGGCGAAAUCCCGGUGGUAGCAUUCAUCAAGCAUAUAAACGAUUGAAAGAGACCAUCAGUAAAAGGCAAGAUAGGGAAUUAGACCAUCAAAGGAAGUUGGGUGGAAAUGGAAACUCAUCUACAUCAGAUAUAAUCGAGCGGGACUCCAAGGUUGACCAGGCACGAAGAUGGUUACAGCUCAACGUCCAUCCGUGGGAUAUUGUAUUAAAAAUGUGGAAGGAAACGUUUCACCUUCGCAUUACCUGCUUAAGAAGCCUGAAGUGUGGCGAUAUUCUAAUAAAAUAUCCCCACUAUAAAGAGGAGCUCGGAUAUCAACUGAUCGAUGAAGAUUACCGUGAUUUGGGAUACAAAGAGAAAAGAGCUAACUGGAAAAAUAUAAUCGACAAAUUAAGGACGUAUUUCAUAUUGAAAGUUCGAAGCCAGAACUCUCUUGUAGUGCUGGAAUUUAUGAAUCGUUCAAAUCAAUCUGAAGAUGCCCUCAUUUGUUGCUUUUCAAUUCUACUCAAUUGUUGUGUAAAGCCUAGCAAAAUUACAAAGACCAUGAGACCAGCAAUUCUAACCGCACAGGAAGAUGUGCUAAUGUUUGCUGGUAGUCUGGACUCUGCGUGCGAGUCCAUCAAAACACUUUUUGAAGCUUACGCUGUCCAAAAUAUUACGCCACAUCCCAAAAUAGUCGCCAUUGGAGAUGAUUACACCUCUACGAAAAGAGAGUUCUAUGUGCUUUACGAGGAUAUAUCGUGGUGAACAAACUGGAUUCAGCGGCUCGAGCCGUAGAUGUCUUGAUUAAGAUGAGCAACAUUUUUAAACUACCGUUUUCAAAAAUUACCAAGCUUGUGUGGUACACUAUCGAAGAAGUUAUCUAUGACACAAGAGCGCCAGCUCAAUAUAAGCAAAUCGAAGAGAUUAAAGCGAUAUGUCUAUGAAUAACUCUAUUUGUUGCUUCGUCAAAGAUUGCCGAUACAUUUCCACACAAGCUUCGCAAUAUAUAAAACAUUUACCAACUCAUAAUUUAGAGAAACCACUUCGUCUGGUUUGCACGUACAAAAAAUGUACACAAAAAUUGACAACUGUAUACCGCUUUUCAAGACAUAUUUGAACCCAUCUACAAAUAAACGCUGCAGAGCAGCGAUGUGAGCAGGAACAUCAGACGUUUUUUCGGUUGCUUGUGGACUGGUCUUUGACUGCCUAUAGCUUCAAAGUUUGUGUUUUGUCAGUUUGUCUUUUAAAGACUACCUGAAAGUUAU